GGCUGAAAGACCCUCAUCGCUGACUGAGAGAGUUUGGGUGUGGCGUCUCUGGGCGUUCACCGCCGCUGUUGGUAUAAAGUGCGCGUUCACGCUGUCAGAGUCUCGCUGUGCACCACCCACCAGGAAGAGCAGGAUUCACCAGGAAGAGCCUCCGUAUAUUGGACAUUCCUAUAUUCACCAUGGAUAGUCUGACCAAGGCUAAUGGCACCUUCGCCCUGGACCUGUAUCGGGUGUUGAGUGACAGUAACCCAGGAGGGAACAUCUUCUUUUCACCACUGAGCAUCAGUGCAGCGCUCAGUAUGGUCUACUUAGGAGCAAGAGGGACCACUGCUAAAGAAAUGGCCAAAGUCAUGUCCUUCAGUUCACUCCCUGAUGUUCACAUUCAUUUCAAGAACCUCAGCUCUGUAAUAAACAGCCCCAAAGCCUCCUACAUCCUCAGGCUGGCCAACAGGCUCUAUGGAGAGAAGAAUUUCAAAUUCUUACCUGAGUUUGUGAAGUCUACUCGGCAGCUGUACCAAGCUGACCUGCAGGCAGUAGACUUCAUUGGAGCAUCAGAUGAGUCACGGAAGCUCAUCAACCAGUGGGUAGAAGAGCAGACAGAGAGUAAAAUCAAGGAUCUUCUGAAGCCAGGCAUGGUCACUGCAAUGACUCGACUUGCCCUAGUCAAUGCUAUCUAUUUCAAAGGCAACUGGCUGCAGAAAUUUAAUGCUGAAGAUACCAAAGAGGUGCCCUUUAAGAUAAAUCAGAAUGAGAGGAAACCGGUGCAGAUGAUGUUCCAGAUGCACAAGUUCCCCUUCGCGUACAUCCCUGAGUACAAACUGCAGGUGCUGGAGUUGCCAUAUGUGCAGGAAGAGCUCAGUAUGCUGGUGCUUCUCCCACAGGAGGCUGAGGAUGGCUCUGACCCACUCCAGAAGCUGGAGAGUGAGCUGACAUUGGACAAGCUCCGUGAGUGGACCAACAGAGAAAACAUGGAUACAGGAACAGACAUCAUCGUCCAUCUGCCAAGAUUUAAACUGGACGAGGAGAGCUCUCUGGAGGGGGUCUUGACCAAGAUGGGCAUGAGCUCUUUGUUCCAGGCAGCUGCUGCAGAUCUGACAGGGAUGAGCAGUGACGGGGGCCUGUAUUUGUCAGCAGUGGCCCACAAAGCCUUUGUGGAGGUGAAUGAGGAAGGUACAGAGGCUGCAGCAGCCACAGCUGGCAUCGCUGCUUUCUGCAUGUUGCGAGAGGAAUUCUUCAUCGCAGACCACCCCUUCCUGUUUUUCAUCAGACACAACCCCACUAACAGCAUCCUCUUUCUUGGUAGAUUCAGAGGCCCACAAUAAAGAUGUAGUGUUCUCUUACGCCAUGAAAAAAUGAAUGGUUUUAAAAUGUUUUCAUUAAAACGUAAAAAAAUAAUAACUUCAGCUAAAAAUUAUGCGUUCAUUUGAAUGUGUGUUGGGAAUAUAAUGUAGCCAUUUUGGAGAGUUAUUUAACAUUUAGUUGAAGCGACACCAAAUAAUAUUAAAAACUCUAGAUAGAAUUUAGGACCACAUUCAUAUUCUGAGGUAUGAAAGCAAGAGUCAGAGGCUUAAAUAAAAAUUGUUUUAGUUUUUAUUAUACAGAAGCAUUUGACUUGUUUGUAAGUAGGAUAUUUGCACUUGGCAAAUAAGGCAUUUAAGGGCAUCUUAUUUGAAAUAAUUAAGAUUUUUCCAUACAGGAAAUAAAGUAGACGAUUAUGCAUGAAAGUAACACUCACACACCUUACUUGGAGUUUUCAAAUUAAUUUGAUUUAUCUACAAGCACACAGCUGCAUAAAACUGUAUCAUUAAACAAUACAGUGCAUAUAGGUGGUGAUGUCUGCAGUUAUUAGACUCGUUGGUUUUGCUAAGAACAUUCUCUGACUAAACAUUGAACAACAUUCUGUCAGAAAGCUAAAUUUCUUCAUACACUUAAUACACAGUUUGAAAGAUUCACUUUUUAAUAAAGCAUUUUUUUCUUGUGUAGAUUAAUUCUGUAAUCUUUCCUCAUUUCUGAGGGAUCACUUUUCCAACUAGAAUAUUCUGGAAACCAAUUAUUAUGUUAAUAAAUCGCUAAAUAUAAAUAAAAAUAAGCAAAAAUACUUUAUUGUAGUCUGCAAAGCAAAAUGGUAACACUUUACAAAACAAUUGUUAAAUUGCUUUUACAGACACUAUUAUACACUGUGAUGCAGUAUUCUCCAGUAGAUGUGCUUUCAAGGGACUUUAAGCGUUGAUGUUUGUAGACUUGGCUAUAGCAACCAGAAAUAAAUCUGCACUAGUGCUGUGCCCAUAGAAUUUGAAGUGCUUCAGUGCCUUUGCUUGCAUGGUAUAUAUUUUCAGAAAAAUGGAACAGAAAACUGAAUAAAGCAGUCUUUGCACCGAAAAA